AUGCACAGUGCAGAGUUUCUGGAUGCCAACCCAAGUCAGAUAAGCUCGAUUUUGGCGGGUGGAUACAACCAUCCGUUGCUUAGAGAAUGGCAAAACGAACGGCAGUUGACGAAAAGCAUGUUUAUCUUCCCUCUGUUUAUCUCGGACAUUCCAGACGAGGAAACACCCAUCGAAUCGCUGCCCAACAUCAAGAGAUUUGGUGUGAACAAACUGACCGGCUAUUUGGCCCCCCUAGUGGCCAAGGGUCUCAGAGCAGUGAUCUUGUUCGGAGUGCCCUUGAGCCCCGGGUGUAAAGACCCUGUGGGCACCUCUGCUGACGAUCCAGAAGGGCCCGUCAUCCAGGGCAUCAAGCUCCUCAGACGCGAGUUUCCAGAUCUCUACAUCAUGUGUGACACUUGUCUGUGCGAGUACACCUCGCAUGGCCACUGUGGAGUCCUCUUGGAAGACGGUAGCAUCAAUAGGGAACAGUCGGUUCGCAGAAUCGCAGCAGUGGCUGUCAACUACGCCAAAUCUGGGGCUCACGCUAUUGCGCCCAGCGACAUGAUCGACGGCAGAAUCCGCGAAAUCAAGCUUGGGCUUAUCAAGGCUGGUCUGGCCCACCAAACGUUUGUCAUGAGCUACGCGGCCAAGUUCAGUGGAAACCUGUAUGGACCUUUCCGCGACGCCGCCUGCUCUGCUCCAUCCAAGGGCGACCGUAAGAACUACCAGCUGCCCUCUGGUGGACGUGGUUUGGCCCGCAGGGCUUUGAAGAGAGACUUGGAUGAAGGAAGCGACGGUAUCAUCGUCAAACCCUCCACUUUCUACUUGGACAUCAUGGCAGACGCAUCCGAAAUCGCCCGUGAUGUCCCUGUCUGUGCAUACCACGUUUCGGGAGAAUAUGCCAUGUUGCACGCUGCGGCAGAGAAGGGAAUUGUCGAUUUCAAGACGAUUGCGUUCGAGUCGCACCAGGGAUUCUUGAGAGCUGGUGCUCGGCUCAUCAUCUCCUACCUCACGCCCGAAUUCUUGGACUGGCUGAGCCAGUAG